GGCUGAUUAAAUCGGGUGAUUUAAUAUUGUGAUUAUAUGAUUACUUAAUUACUUAAUCAGUAUAUAAAAAUUAUUAAACUUAGUGCUUGAACAAUGCUUUCAACUUACGAUGUUUAGCUAAUAGUUUAUCUUUCUUUCUUUUUCCACAUCACUUUUUUUGAACCUAACUAUUAUGGCUUUACUAGAGAAGGAAAACGAAAAUUACGAUGAACAGAAUGAUAAUAAUGAUUAUUAUAGUACAGCUCCCAUGUCAAUGGGCCUUGGACCAUCUAGUCCUCAAUUAUCAUCAGAUACUCAACCUAAUUUAGCAUUUCAACAUAAUCAACAAAAUCAAUCGCCACGAAUGAUCAUAAUUCAUCCCCCUAAAAAUAUAUUUCGUAGACUGUUCGACAAUUUUCUUUGGUUUUGUUUAUGGAAUAUCAAAGCUGUGAUAUCUGCUGCCUCCCUUGCCUUUACGUUUGUCUUCCUAAUCACUUUAAACGCUGAUCACCAAAAAGAAGUUGAAAUUUAUAUGUCAGAUGCGGCACGAAAAAUCAAAGAAUGCAGUUUGAAAUAUAUUGAAAAUAGAUGCAAUCCAGCUACAAGAGCACCUUAUCUGGAAGAAAAUUGUACCUUUUGGGAAAAUUGUAUGAAUCAAGAUCCAAAUAAUAUUGUUAAAUCGUCAGAAAUUUACGCCAAACAAUUUGCUAGAAUAAUUUCGAUAUUCCUCGAAAAUUUAUCAUAUGAAGCAAGAAUAAUGGUGUUCAUUUUUCUUGCUAUUAUCUUUUGCUAUAUAGCUAUUAAGCAUCAUAGAUAGAUUUGAACAAAGAUCAGCUAUUCCUUAAAAAAAAAUUAUAAUUGAACAAAGUAAUAUACAGUAAAUAAUUCAACAAUAUAGAAUAUUUAAUAACUAAUACGUUACAUGUAUAAUAAUUAGAUUUU